UAAUUGCUCCCACACCGUUCGAGGUCACAAUCACACCACAAAAACCCUAAAAAUUCCCACCGUUAACUUCUUCGAAAAAAUUUUACGGAUUGCUUUUCACGGGCUGCUAUUCAGCUUGGGCAAGAAAGGUGAGCCAACCUCUUCUUUUAAUUCUUGAAUAAUCUCGUGCGCGAAGUUUGGUUUAUUUUUGGUCCCGUCUUGAAUUGUUGGAUUCAGUGUUGUAUCAAAUUGUGACUGUAAGAUUCGGUGUGUUCUUCAAUUUGAAGUUACAUAGAAUGGUUUCUUUUAUGUAGCUACGUUUGAAAGUUCAUUGUCUCUGAUGAGGAGUAUAACUUUCUUUGGUUUGGGACUUUAUUGCAGUUAAAAGAGAAAUGGGUUUUGAAUGAAUCUGGAAUCUCUUUGUAUGUGCUGAGUAACUUUAUAUUUUUCUUGUAAAAUUGGAGAUGAAUUCAAGACGACUACUGUAGUUUUUUGGAUGGGUGUGUUGCGGAGUUGAUAGUUGAGAUAUACCCAUUCUGUUGCAGUUUGGUUUUAGUUGAUAUGAUAGUACUUAAAGAGACAUGCCAAGUUGUGUUCUUGAUGGUUUUUUCAUGAAAUUUCUGCAUAAGAAAUAUUUACUUGAUGCUAUUUUGCUUGGAGUUGAUCAGUGAUUAAUAUUGAAGGGCAAUGUAUUGUUCUGUUCUUGAGGAUGUUUUGAGCUUGAGGAUGUUUUGAGUUUGAGUUGAAAAGUUGGAUUGUCGUUCAUUGGACUAUGGAAACCCCACGCCAGGAAGGGCUGAUUACAAAGAGGUCGUUGAGGAAGAAAGCAGUUUUGCGGAAUUAUGACGAGAAUUUGAUGGAUGAAUUGAUAGAGAAUCAAUUGGGUGGUUCUUUAAAGAAAAGGAAUCGAACGAGGGAGGAUUUGGAAAAGGAGACUGAAACUGAGGCAAUGAUAGCAUUAUCUCUGGGGUUCCCUAUUGAUGCAUUACUUGAGGAGGAGAUUCAAGCUGGGGUGGUAAGACAAUUGGGUGGCAAAGAGCAGAAUGAUUAUAUUGUUGUGAGGAAUCAUAUCCUUGCAAGGUGGAGAAGUAAUGUGAAGGUGUGGCUAUCAAAGGGACAGAUUAAAGAAACUGUGAGCAAUGAAUAUGAGAAUUUGGUAUCUUCUGCUUAUGAUUUUCUUUUGUACAAUGGGUAUAUUAAUUUUGGAGUUUUUUCAUCACUUAUGUCCCCUAUGCCAGAAUUGAUUAAUGAAGGGUCUGUGAUAAUUGUUGGUGCGGGACUUGCUGGUUUAUCAUCAGCAAGACAACUCAUGUCCUUUGGUUUUAAGGUGGUUGUUUUAGAAGGUAGGAAUCGUCCUGGAGGGAGAGUUUAUACUCAAAAAAUGGGUAGGAAAGACCAAUUUGCUGCUGUGGAUCUUGGAGGCAGUGUUAUUACUGGUAUACAUGCUAAUCCUUUGGGAGUUCUUGCUAGGCAACUUUCUAUUCCACUCCAUAAGGUGCGAGAUAACUGCCCUUUGUACAGACCAGAUGGGGCACCUGUUGAUAAGGAAGUUGAUUAUAGGAUUGAAUUCAUCUUCAAUAAGUUGCUCGACAAAGUAAUGGAACUUAGAAAAAUAAUGGGUGGAUUUGCAAAUGAUGUUUCUCUGGGUUCAGUUUUGGAGAGACUCAGGAAGUUGUAUGCUGUGGCUAGAAGUACAGAAGAGAGGCAGUUGCUUGAUUGGCAUCUUGCUAACUUGGAAUAUGCAAAUGCAGGAUGUCUCUCAAAUCUAUCAGCUACAUAUUGGGAUCAGGAUGAUCCUUAUGAAAUGGGUGGGGACCACUGCUUUCUAGCUGGAGGGAACUGGAGAUUGAUAAAAGAACUAUGUGAAGGGGUUCCUAUAUUCUACGGGAAGGCUGUGAAUACUAUUAGAUAUGGAAGUGAAGGUGUUAUGGUUAUUGCUGGUGAACAAGUGUUUCAAGCAGAUAUGGUCCUAUGUACUGUGCCUCUUGGAGUCUUGAAGAAAAGAACCAUCAAAUUUGAACCAGAGUUACCUGGAAGAAAGCUUGCAGCAAUUGAUAGAUUGGGUUUUGGACUGCUUAAUAAAGUGGCAAUGGUUUUCCCCCAUGUUUUUUGGGGGGAGGACUUGGAUACAUUUGGAUGUCUCAGUGAGAAUAGCAGUAAGCGUGGAGAGUUUUUUCUGUUCUAUGGUUACCAUACUGUUUCUGGAGGUCCAGUACUUAUUGCAUUGGUUGCUGGAGAAGCAGCACAAAUAUUUGAAUAUACGGAUCCAUCUACUCUACUCCACCGUGUUUUAAGAGUUCUUAGAGGUAUAUACAAUCCAAAAGGCGUUGAUGUUCCUGACCCCAUACAAACAAUUUGUACAAGAUGGGGCAGUGAUCCCUUUAGUUAUGGUUCAUAUUCUCAUGUUAGGGUACAGUCAUCUGGCAGUGACUAUGAUUUACUUGCAGAAAGUGUUGGUGGUCGGCUGUUUUUUGCUGGUGAGGCAACAACUAGGCAAUAUCCAGCCACAAUGCAUGGUGCCUUCUUGAGUGGUUUAAGAGAAGCUUCUCGCAUUUUAAGAAUUAGUAGAAAUUGGCAAAAUAAUUCAAGGAAGUCUGUGCAGAGGAACGCGGGACUAAGCAAUGAUACAUUGGUAGAUCUAUUCAGGAGACCUGACCUAGCAUUUGGAAAUUUGUCAUUUAUAUCUAAUCCUUUGAUACAUGCCCCAAAUUCAAUGGGUAUUAUGAGAAUUACUUUUGAUAAUUGCGGAGAUUAUCUGAAGAAGGAAUUAGAGGGGAGCUUCCAAAAUCCUUUGCACCUACCAUUGCAGCUUUAUGUAGUGUUAUCUUGUCAACAAGUACAUGAGCUACAGUUGCUGACAGGUGGUAAUGAGGAUAAGUUGUCAUAUUUGGUUAAAAACUUGGGCUUGAAGUUAAUGGGACAUAGCGCCCUCUUAAAUCUGUAUGGUUCCUUGAUUUCUAGCAUUACUAAUGCACGAAGAGGUCGAGGCAGGAACCGGAUAAGUGCAGUACAAUACAGCGCUGUGUAGAGAUGCCAUUAGUUUCAACACUUGACAUUUGAUGGGCAUUUCCGAUUUAGCUUGAAGUAUUUUGAUCCAAAUGUAUGCUUCAUUAAAUGGUCAUAAAUUGGGUGUGGCUUAUGCUCCUCUAGUGUAAAAUUCUGUAUAUAAUCUAGCUGUGUAUGUUAUUUAUCAACUCCAAGAGAACAAUCCUUGGUGCUUGACUAGGACGAAGAUUUGUUUUCUUCCUGCGAACAUUCUUUUGUCUGACCAUGACCAGCUUAGUGUCCAAGCAGAGCCAUGACUCCUUGUAGCCAUGAAUUUGAUAGUGUAGGACUGUAGGUUAAAGCGUGCUACUCGUUGUCGAGGAGUAUUGCAGGGGGGAAAAUAUUGUUGUAUUUUAUUGCUCUUCUGGCUCUGCAAAUGCUUGUAUUUGUAUACUAGCAUUUUUUCUUGUCA